GUCUCCACACGGAUGCUCUUCUCUUCCCACUACAUCCAUCUCAAGAAUAGACUUGUUCUGCAUGCGGAUUACUAUUUCCUAUCGGAAAACUGAGUCAUGUAUUGCUACUCAUCGUGGUACUUCUCCAUUUACAGAUCCGAGGACUGGUGAGCCAUGUGGCUGUAGCUGCACGAUGGCCAUUGGCGGAAAGGAUGCUUCUCAAGCUUCUAAGUAGCCCGUAUCAAUAUAAAUAUGAUCUCCAGGUUGUGAGGUAGGUCGUGAAGCUGCCGCUGUCCUAAAGCUCCCUAACAUGUUGCUCUCGUCGGUCCUCUUUCUGGGACUUCUGCAGCUCGCUGUUGCGAAGCCCAUCUUAAAACGAUGGGACGACUUCGACGUGAAGCAUGCUUGGGUCGAGAUUCCACGAGGCUGGGAACUACAUGCACCCGCGCCGCCAGACCAUAAGUUCAAUAUGCGCAUUGGCCUCAAGCAGGAUCGCUUUGAUGAUCUCGUCACCGCUCUCUACGAAGUGAGCGACCCCUUCCACGCGAAGUAUGGUCAACACCUCUCUAAGGAGGAAGUUGAAGCUUUGGUUGCUCCCCAUCCGCAUACAGUGGAUGUUGUGGACUCUUGGUUGUCUGCUCACGGUCUCGAACCUUCCUCCGCUCAACGAGAGAACGCAGGAAGUUGGAUUUCCAUCACUGUCUCCGUUGAGCAGGCCUCACGGAUGCUAAACACGACUUACAACGUCUACCGACACGCUCAGGCCGACGACUACGUCGUCCGUACCAUGUCGUACAGCCUUCCAACCGUUCUUCAUGAACACGUCGGUGUCGUCGCACCAACGACAUACUUCGGUACGAUGCGCAGUAUGAAGGCGACAAGUUUCCUGCAACCCGAUAUUACGCCCAUCGACUCCGAUGUCGACGUGGCCCCCAAGUUAAUUAACCCCGGCUCUCUUGCUACCGUCCCAUCAAGCUGUUCUACCACUAUAACACCCGCCUGCUUGCGUGCGCUCUACAACACUAGCACGUACGUUCCUACGGCCACCGAUAAGAACACUCUUGGUGUUGCCGGGUAUCUUGACGAGUUUGCAAACAGGGCUGAUCUUCAGACCUUCUUCCAGAGGUUCAGAACGGAUGCCGUUGGCGGUACUUUCACAACCGUUCAGGUUAAUGGAGGGGGUGAUGACCAGAACGACCCUGGAGUGGAGGCUAACCUCGAUAUUCAAUACACUGAGGGUAUCUCGUUCCCCACUCCCAACGUCUACUUCAGCACCGGGGGCUCUCCGCCAUUCAUCCCUGACUCAAACACACCUACCAACACCAACGAGCCAUACCUCGACUGGCUGAACUUCGUCCUUAACCAGACUUCCGUUCCUCAGACCUUUACCACAUCCUAUGGUGACGAUGAGCAGACUGUUCCCUUCGAUUAUGCUACUCAAGUCUGCAACCUUUUCGCACAACUCGGUGUUCGUGGAGCCAGUAUCAUGUUCUCUAGCGGUGAUGAUGGUGUCGGUGGUGGUAACUGUCAAAAUAACGACGGUACAAGGACCGUUCGGUUCCAACCUAACUUCCCGGCAUCUUGUCCCUUCGUUACAACUGUCGGUGGAACAAUCCGAGUAAACCCUGAAGUCGCUGUAUCUUUCUCUGGGGGAGGCUUCUCGAACUAUUUCGCUCGUCCAAGCUUCCAGGACACCGCCGUUACCACCUUCCUAAACACACUGGGCAGUACCAACGCUGGGUUAUUCAACACGACUGGUCGGGCAUAUCCUGAUGUUGCUGCUCAGGGACAAGGUUUCCAAGUCGUUAUUGGUGGUCGUGUUGCUUCUGUUGGUGGAACCAGCGCCAGCUCUCCUACGUUCGCGGGUGUCAUCGCUCUCUUGAAUGACUUCCGUCUUUCACAGGGCAAGGCGUCUCUUGGCUUCCUCAACCCUAUCAUUUACUCCACAGGCAUAAAUGGCUUUAAUGAUAUCACUUCGGGAUCGAACCCCGGUUGUGGGACAAAUGGAUUCACUGCGCGUGCUGGUUGGGAUCCCGUUACUGGCCUUGGUACCCCUGAUUUCGGAAAGUUGCAAGCUCUCAUUGGCUGAGCCAUCCUGAGCACGGACAUAUAUCCAGACACUUUAUAUCACAGUCGCAGUCUUUUGAUGUCUAUGUGCGCAUGUUUUGUUUCCAUAUUGCAAAUGUACAUCAGGCUUCCAUCAC